GGGAGUGAGCGGUGCAGGUUUCAUUUCACCGCAAAGCUCUCAGGCCAGGCCUUUUCUGAGGAUAAAACGCACCGUUUCCAAGGAUUAUGGAUUGGAGUCAGUCUUCUCAAGGAAAACACAACGUUUUCGCCUGGUUCACAGAGAACCAGCUCCAGUCUGUGAUCAGGAACGGUAUAAUCCCAGAAUGGUUUCAUGGGAUCAUUUCCAGGAAAACGGCGGAGGAACUGCUCAUGUCCAAGCCACCUGGCUACUUCCUCAUCCGAGUCAGCGAGACCAGGAUUGGCUACACGCUCUCGUACCGCGUGGAGGAGCGCUGCAGGCAUUUCAUGGUGGACGUGCUGGACGACGGUCAGUACGUCAUAGUGGGGGAGAGCAGGCGUCACCAGUCUCUGCAGGAGCUGGUGGACUUUCACCGCCGGACCCCCAUCCUGCCCUGCAAUCAGGUUCUGACCGUUGCAUGUGGACAGUCCCAAAAUGGCCACACGAACUACGCAGAGCUGCUGUUUCCUCAAAAACAUCCAGUCUCCAACGCCAGUGUGCAACAAAGCCAGCCCCCCCCCAGCAGCGGUCAUUCAGAAUCACAGGGUGACGUCCCACCCGCGGUUCCCUACAGACCCGAUAACCUCAGGACUCCCCACAGUCUGCAAAACAGGCUGUACCCUCGUUUGGAGGAUGAUUUCCAACACAUCAGCUCUCCGCUUCCGCCCAUGCCGGUGCCAAUGAUCAGGAGGAGCCAGGCAACAGAUAACCCUCCACUGAGCAACCCCCCCCCAAGUCCCCGCUCGGAGUUAUCUCCCUGAGGGGCAGAGGAGGGCCGCCCCGGCCCCUCUGAGCCCACGAAAAACUGUUCCGGCCGAACAAAAUCUGGGAAACUACUCUCACGUCCACUCCGUCAAGAAUCAGGAAGCCAAGCCGUCAGUCAUGGCCAACCUGAAGAACCUGAAGAAGAAGUUCCAAAAGAAGACCAACGCUCCCCAGGAUAAUGAAUACGCAGAGAUCCACUUGGAGUCGGGUUCUGGGGGCGGAGACACGGAGAAUGAAUAUGAGGAGAUCGCAGAGGAGCAGAGCUUCAGAGGAGCCCGCGCUGACCACACCAGCCGGACACGGACAGAGCCGGUGUUACCGGAAGAGUACAUGCCCCCCCCUCCUUUUGCUCCAGGCUACUGAUACCCCUCAGAAUCCAGAGACUCCCUCCUGAGACUGAUGAAAACACAGUCUGGGACAGUAAUGAGGGCCACUCAAUCAACAACCUCAGCUAAAGAAGUGUGAUAACAGAUGUGAUCCUAGAUAAUUAGGAUUUAUUAGAUCGUGAUUCAUGAUCUUUUUGAGCCACCGUCCAAACCACAGGGGUCAUGCUUCGCUGUAAAGAUGUGUUCUUUUGGAUCGAGAUUUUUCAGGAUUGUUGGAGGACUCUAAUGUGAGCCGAAAGCUCCCCAAUUUUCACUGGGAAAUAUUAAGAACCCUGCAUAGAAAGACCCUAGCUGAGAUUUGAACAAAGAGACAACAGUGCAGGCCAAUUGUUACCUCAGGAAAGUGUUACAUAACUUAAUUUAAAUUUACCUACAAACUAAAGUAACUAAAGUUACAUAAUUUGAAAUGCAAAAUGUUCAAAAACCCAUCUGAUGAUAUCAGAUAAGAUUCACAUUUCAGUUUGAAUUACAUGUAGUAUGGAUCUGAGUUUGCAAACUUCCUUCAAUCUAGAAACGUUCUUCUUUUUUCAAGAAAAAGCAUCAUGAUACCUGUAGUCUCCCAGAUUCUGCAGUUGUCAAAUAAACCCCAGAGCUUUAUCUGUUACCCUCAUGUUCUGUUGGAAGAACAGGAACAAACAUGCACUCUGUUUCGAUGUCUAUCAAAUGAUGCAUAUUUUCACUUUUAAAAACAAACUGCCAAAGUCAUGAUGUUAUAAAGUGCUUCCCAAC